AAAGGUAAAUACGUCGUGCAGGUUCUCUUAGCACGGAGGAAACUUUUCAUUCAUUUAACGAUGGCUGCAGCUUCUACAUCGUUUCUUUUAUGGCUGCUUUCUUUCCUGGCCGUGGUUUCCAUGGCAAAAGCUCAAGAUCCUGACCAAUUCAUUUAUAAUAAUGGCUUCCGUCAUGCUAAUCUGGUACUUGGUGAGAGUGCCAAAAUCCACUCCAAUGGUCUAUUGCAGCUCACCAACACUUCCAGAAUGUUAACCGGCCAUGCUUUCUACCCUUCUCCUAUAAACUUCAACGCUUCUUCGAGUUCAGCUCGAUCGCUUUCAUUCUCCACCAGGUUCGUUAUCGCCAUCGUUCCUGAAACAGCAGAAGCUAGCGGCCAUGGCCUUGCCUUUGUCAUAGCAGAAUCAAUGGAUUUUAGUCAUGCUGCUCCAAUCCAAUAUCUAGGACUGGUUAAUGAUUCGACCGAUGGGAAUUCCUCCAACCAUUUCUUGGCUGUUGAGUUUGACACCAUCUUCAGUCUUGGCACAGAUACUAUAGAUGGAAAUCAUGUCGGAAUCGAUCUGAAUGGCGUGAAAUCGUACCAAUCCAUUGCAUCAGCUUAUUAUUCCAAUGAAGAAAGGAAGAAUAUAAGCUUGGACCUCAAAAGUAGACAUCCAAUUCAGGUGUGGAUAGACUUCUAUGGCGAAGAAGAACUACUCAAUGUAACUUUGGCACCAGAGAACAUCCCGAAACCGAACCAGCCUCUCUUGUCAACAUCAAUCAACGUCUCUAAUAUCCUAAUGGGCACCAUGUAUGUUGGUUUCUCUGCUGCAACAGGUUCACUUGAUAGCUGUAGCCAUUAUAUUCUUGGAUGGAGCUUCAACAGAAGUGGAGAAGCACAAAGCCUUGAUUUUUCCGAGCUUCCAAAGCUUCCCGAAAACAAUGGACGAAGAAAUACGGUUCGUUUGAUUUCAAUCAUUGCAGCUGUUGUGUUGCUGGUUAUAAUCAUCGGAGCAGCAUAUGUUUACAGGAGGAAGAAAUAUGCGGAAGUGCUUGAAGACUGGGAAAAGCAGUAUGGACCUCAUAGAUUCUCUUACAAGAAGCUGUAUAUAGCAACCAAAGGUUUCAAAGACAAGCAACUCCUCGGAUGCGGAGGUUUCGGGAAAGUUUAUAAAGGUACACUUGCAAAUUCCACUGAACAAAUUGCAGUGAAGAAAGUAUCCCAUGAAACAGAUCAAGGGAUGAAGGAGUUUGUGUCAGAGAUUGUUAGCAUGGGAAGGCUAAGGCAUAAGAAUUUGGUGCGGCUUCUGGGGUAUUGCAGGCGCAAGAAAGAGCUCCUUUUGGUCUAUGAACGUAUGGAAAAUGGUAGCCUCGACAAGUUCCUUUUCAACGAUGACAAACCGACCCUUACCUGGUUCCAAAGGUUUCAGAUCAUCAAAGGGGUGGCAUCUGCUCUUCUUUACCUCCACGAAGAAGGGGAACAAGUUGUUCUCCAUCGAGACAUCAAAGCCAGCAAUGUUCUUUUAGAUUCCUGUCUAAAUGGACGGCUCGGAGAUUUCGGUCUUGCCAGAUUGUACGAUCGCAAUGGCAAUCCGCAAACAACUCGCCUUGUAGGAACUUUAGGAUAUAUGGAUCCAGAACUCACCCGAAUCGAAAAGCCAACUAAAGCUUCGGAUAUGUUUUCAUUCGGGGCAUUUCUGCUAGAGGUUGCUUGCGGGAGAAAGCCAUUUGAUCCUAAAAAACCACCACAAGAGAUUUUUCUAGUGGAUGUAGUCAAUAGAUGCUUCAAAAGAGAUGCCAUUGUUGAAGCAUGCGAUCCAAGAUUACGAGGCCAAUACGUGAUGGAGGAGAUGGAGAAAGUUAUGAAACUAGGGCUGCUCUGUUCCAACACCAAAUCAGAUUUGAGACCCACCAUUAAACAAGUGGUGCAAUAUCUCGAAGGCAAUGCUAGUUUGCCUGAUAUACCACUUGAUACUGCCCAAGAUAUACCACCAUCUUCGAUCCUUGCAAUCUUAUCUCAGAGCACUGAAUCUACACAAAAUAACUUAGCAUCUCAGGGUGUAAUUCCUUUUCCUUCAAUUGGUCAGGAUCUUUCUCUGAAUUCCUUGUCCAGUAUAAAUUCAGUUCUUCAUAUAGGCCGCUGAAUGUUGUAAAUGGG